AUGACAACCAGCAAUGCACAGGAUUCUACCACAAUUGAGGGAACAACAGGACUGCGGAGCACUAUAGAAUCUAAUGUAACUUUAACGGUAACAACUGAGCCUGGUGCAACUCAAUCAGCAACAACUUCACACAGAGGAGAAGAACUUCUAUCAUCAGAAAUAGUAAUGACAACAACUGAAACAAGUUCAGUCACAACAAAUUUCAUAAAUGAAUCUGUGUCAGUGAGAGCCGAAAAACUAGAAAGUAAAAUGACUCCUAGUGGUACCAGCGAAACUAUUACAAGUGGAAUCGUCUUAGUUGUUAAUUACGUGACAACUAGUUCUUUGAAGACUCAGGAAACAGGUAAUGUUGCAUGA